AUGUCUCUUCGCAAAGAUCUCAAGCACACGGACAUGCUCAUCCCGGAUGACAAAGUCAAGUUCCACCCACCAACGGGUCUCUCCGUUCUCAUUGUAGGUGCCGGAGUGGCAGGCCUCAUGUCGGCGCUCGAAUGCAGACGCAAAGGCCACGAUGUUCGUGUCAUUGAGAGGGUCCCAUCCCCAAGUACUGAAGGGGACUUUUUCACAAUUGGCAGCCAAGUCAUUCGUCACUUCCAGCUCCAUUGGCCCAAGUUAGCCGAGGAGUUUGACAGGAUCAACUACACCGGACUGAUUGCUUACCAUAAAAUCACUGGAGAGCGUGUCUCUGAGCCCGAAGAACCAUCGUUUGUCAAUGUCACAUACACCCACCCAGACGGUACAGAGAGAACCGUCAAGUGGCAUCGCCACAACCGACCCAAGUUCGUCGCCGCCCUUUUGGACCAAGCCAAAAGUGUCGGCGUUGAAGUGAGUUAUGGUCACCGCGUCACUGACUACUUCGAAGACGAGGAGGCAAAGGAAGCAGGUGUCAUCCUCCAGGAUGGCAGUAAGCUCAAGGCUGAUGUUGUCAUUGCUGCUGAUGGUGUGGGCACCAAGAGUCAUAACCUCGUAAGUGGCCACGACAUUCGAGCUUACCCAAGUGGAUUCUCCAUUCUUCGUACUGCGUUUCCCAUCGAACUCGCUAUGGAGGAUCCUGACAUUGCGGCACGAUGGCCUUUGUAUGAUGGUUCGCGCCCACUUGUUGAGAUGUGGCUAGGGGAAGGGCUCUCUUUCGGCGUUCAGAGAUACACUGACCUCAUUGCUUGGCACAUGACUCACAAGGGGACCAAUACAGGCUACGAGUCUUGGAGCCAUCACAUCGAUGUCAACAAGGUCCUUGAAAUAACGGCUCAGAUUCCUGGAUUUCCCGAGAUAGCCACCCGAUUGAUGAAGAAGACACCCAAGGACGGCAUCAUCGACUGGGAGCUCAUGUGGCGCGACCCCCGGGAGAACUGGGCGUCGCCUCAUGGCCGUGUGAUCCAGGUGGGAGACAGCGCCCACACGUUCCUCCCAUCUUCUGGCAACGGUGCUACACAGGCCAUGGAGGACGCCAUCUCCUUGGCUACUUGCCUCCAGAUUGGCGGGAAGAGUAACAUCGGUCUCGCGACCAAAGUCCACACCAAGCUUCGAUUCCAGCGCACUGCCUGUUUCCAGCUGCUGGGGUUCAUAAACCACCAGCGUCAGAACAAUACCAAGUUCGCGGCUGUCGAGGCCGACCAGGCCAUAUAUAAGACACACAUAGGCAAGUGGGCAGACCAUGAUCCAGAGGCUUAUGCAUAUGCCAACUAUGGCAACAUUGUCGCACACUUAUUUCAAGGGACGCCGUUCAAGGCCACGAAUAUUCCACCUGGGUAUGAAUACCAGCCGUGGACCAUCCAGGGCCUCUUGAACGACAUCGAUGGCCAAGGCUCGCUCUUUCUUCGUGGCUGUCAAGAUCGCCAAGUUCGAGCCGCCAUGUCAGGCCCAGGGACCAGAUCCAGAACCGGUUGCUUGACCUGCAAGAAGCGCAAGGUGAAGUGCGACGAGGUUCACCCGAUCUGCUCACGUUGCGUUUCCCAUCGCUUCUCCUGCGACUGGCCUACUUCAGAUAGCGUUGUUACAAGACCACGAGUGGCCAAACCAGCUUCAAAGUGUCUCCAUCCCCGUACGAGACAUGCCAGAGAUGGAGCCCCUGUCGACAGGCGGGCGGGCUCUCGGCGACGACCUCCCCUUGCCCCAACCAUCACAGAGCCGCAGAUUCGAUGCAGAAACUCUCUUAUCCUGGAGCCAAAAGACAAGCAAUACCUCCAGUUCUUCUCAUCCACAACAGUCUUUGCCCAGUAUGAUUUCGGAGACACCAGCUGUCUUCGCUACAUCACGCAGGAACUGGCAUUGUCUAACAGCAUCAUCAUGAACAUGGUUCUCGCCAUCUCCGCCAGUGAGAUGCAUCGGCAAGGUCUCCAAAGUAAUGGCGCCGAUUGCGGUCUGCGUCGUUACGCUCUCGCCAUGGAGGAUUUGCGUGUGGGCCUAGCACGAGUGGCAGACGUCAGGCCGAAGAUAGGAGUCGAGAUCCUUCUGUUAUCCAUUUUUCUGAUGCUAAACUACGAGAUUCACUACUCGACUUCGCCAGAGCGUAUCAAAACUCAUCUGGAGGGUCUUCGUGCCCUAGCCUGCUCGAAUGUCAUCUUCCUUCGCCGCGAAGCAAAAUAUGACCAUCCGGACGAAGAAGGAGAGGCUGCCAACAUCUCCAUGUGUUGUCAAAUCAUUGUGUGGUCAAUAUAUGUCGAUAUAUCAAUGACCAUUUCGGGCGCAUCCAAGUCCCUCUUAACCGAGCUCACCGGAUCGCGUAGCCCUUUAUUCGACUUCCGUCGUCUCUGCGCCAAUGCUCGACGCACUAAUCUGCUCCUAUGGAAACAUCGGUAUUCGCCUCAGCAACGAUUGAGAGAUGCCACGUUCGCGCGGCCAAUGGAAUUCGGUUUCCAAGUCUUGUCGGCUCGAUUUCACAUUUGGAACUGGGAAGCCAACGGCAAGCAUUGCUCAGAUACCGAGAACCACCCGUCAUCAUGGCUCAGCCGAUUAUUUGAUUCGCAGGAAUUUUACUCGGAUUUGUUCAUCAUAGCCGAUGUUGCUAAUGAACUCACAUGGAGAGUCGGCACGGAGGUCGUAGUACGCCUCGUCUGCUUCUUCUGGGCCACAAUUCUUUAUUAUUAUCACGUCACUGGAGAAAACGAAGUCGCAGAAGGCUUCCGGCAGAACUCAGCGUGCAAGCUUGCCCACCUCCUCUUCGUCCAUUCUCAGAAUAUCGCUGAUAAACGCCAGCAAGUUCGGAUUGCAUGGCCGGUGUUCAUCGCUGCCAUCGAGACGACAGAUCAAAUCCACAGGGACUGGCUGCUUGGCAGGCUAAGGGCUUGCCGUGAGCUGACAUCGGAAUGCCGCUGGUUAUGUCUGGCGGCGGAAGGGAUGCUAAGAUAA